UUUCUCGGAAGCUCUCGCGGUGAAAAACUUUUUUUUAUUUGUUCGCCAGACAAAACUAGUUUCCGUUCGUUGAUAAAUUUCAAUUUCCGUAGAAAAAAAUAAAUUUCCGUAGAUUUUGACUACGGAUCCGUAGAUCCGUAGAAAAUGUUCGAAUCCGUAGAUCUACGGAGAUUUCCGUAGAUCUGACAUCGCUGGUCAGUAGUAGUUUUGUUUCUUCGGUAAAAUUUGUUGUCGACGGACUCCAGUUGGUUCAAGACUAGAAACCGCUAGCAGAAUAAAGAGUUGAGUUAAAAAGUAAACCAGAUUGGAACGGAGUAAUCCGGUUCCCUCGGUGCCGUUUGCUGGAUAGUGUAUUUUGCAACCUAUCAUCAAAGGCCAACAUUGCUCAAAUGGUUACGACGAGUUUGCCGUGAUGCAGAGCAUAAAUUAGGGCCGUCUAAUGAUUUAUUAGUAUUCUGGAAAUUUGUAGUCUUAUGUGUAUCCUCGUGGAGAGAUGUAUGUGUGAAAUUGUCCCAAGUUUUUCGUCUCUGUUGCGUAGCAGUUCGUAGCAUUAUUACGGGUUGUGCUCGCCGUCGGAACGAACCUAGAAAAAAAGGUGAGAGGAGAAAGGAAAAAAUCCCCAAUCAAUAACGGUGGAGAGUGGAAAAAGUUUUUGCUUCCAGCUCCCUGUUCUAGUGCAAAGUGGAUUGCAAUACUCGAAAUAGGAAUAAAGGUGCAAAAGUGGGUGGAGAAGCUCCGAAAGACGUGCUCCAGCUGGUUGGCUCAUGAGCGAUACAGGAGAAGAGCCCUUUUUUCGUUGAAUGAAUGUGAUUAGUGUCGGUGUUGGUUCGGUAAGCAGUGGCAAUAGUGCGAUGGCUACCAACGGUGCCCGUAACGGAGUGAAGGAAUCAAAUGCCAACGGCCCCCGGGUGGUCACAAUUCAUAAAACUGAAACCGGCUUCGGUUUCAAUGUCCGCGGGCAGGUCAGCGAAGGUGGCCAGCUGCGAUCGAUCAACGGUGAACUGUAUGCUCCACUGCAGCAUGUCAGCGCCGUGCUGGACAACGGAGCUGCCGAGCUGGCCGGUAUCAAAAAAGGCGACCGGAUCCUGGAAGUAAAUCACGUCAAUGUUGAAGGUGCCACACACAAACAAGUAGUAGAUCUCAUCAAAUCCGGAGGCGAUACUUUAACCUUAACCGUUAUAUCCGUGACGCAACAGGAAGCAGAGCGCCUGGAACCAACGGAAGACCCGGGUGGAUACUCGUACAUCGAUUACUCGGAAAAACGAAGCUUACCGAUUAGCAUUCCCGACUACAACAUCAUCCACCGGGGCAAUGAGCGUUACGUCGUGUUCAACAUUCACAUGGCGGGACGGCAGCUUUGUUCACGCCGUUACCGCGAAUUUGCCAAUUUGCACCAAUUGCUGAAGAAAGAGUUUAACGGGUUCAACUUUCCGAAGCUACCCGGAAAGUGGCCGUUUCAGCUAAGCGAACAGCAGCUGGAUGCCCGCCGACGGGGGCUCGAGCAGUAUCUGGAGAAGGUGUGCGCCGUGCGGGUCAUUGCCGAGAGUGAUGCGGUUCAGGAGUUCCUCACGGACACGGUGGAUGACAUUGCGGCUUCGCCGGUCGACAUCAAAAUCAUGCUGCCGGACCACAGCGUCGUGACGGUGUCGGUGCGCAAAUCGGCCAACGCGCAACUGGUUUGGGAACAAUUAGUACAACGAGCAAGUCUGACCUCUUACACACAGCAAUACUUCUAUCUGUUCGAGAUCGUCGAGUAUAACUUCGAACGAAAGUUGCAACCGCACGAGAUUCCGCACCAGCUGUACGUACAGAACUACAGUACCGCAUCCAGCACCUGUCUGUGUGUGCGACGAUGGUUGUUCUCGAUCGAACGGGAGCUGACCCUACCGACCGGGGAGCAGGCUGCCAAGUACAUCUUCUUUCAGUCCGUCGACGAGGUCAACCGGGGUAACAUCCGUGCCGAUGGACGGUUGUACGAGCUGAAGGCCCUACAGGAUUCGAAGAAGGCGGACGAGUAUCUGUCGCUGGCGAGAACACUGCCCGGCUACGGGGACAUCGUGUUCCCGCACUGUGGCUGCGACAGCCGCAAGGAAGGCCACGUGGUACCGGCCGUCGGUGUGAAAAGCUUCCGGUUGCAUGCCUGCCGCGAGGACGGCGCCCUAGAGGCCCAAACCGUCGAUCUGCAGUGGGCAACCAUCUCUCGCUGGGAAAGUGACGAAGAAUCGAUGGCAUUCUGCUUCCAGUACAGUAGAUCUGACAAGCAACCCCGCUGGGUAAAGGUGUUCACCCCAUAUCAUGCUUUUUUGGCGGACUGUUUCGACAGGAUAAUGGAAGAGCGCUCCUGGGACGACACUGGAGAGUAAUCCGUUUGAUCCGAGUUUCUCUUUUCGACGGAGCAGAAGACGAGUAGCAAUUAGACAAAUUUAAUCUCCUAACGUAAUUUAUUCGGAACGAUGGAACAGUGAUUCUCGUUAGCAAAAGUACGAGCGAAAUGGCUUUACAGUAUUGUUUUUUUUUGGACGGACGUAAUAUGAAGCAUUUUCGAUUUGCUUGAAUUUCUUGCACACAUACGGUUUAUUAUGGACAAUGCUGGGACACUUCCAGCAGUAUUAAUUUCUCCAUUCGGAUGAGGUGGUGGAAUUUUUGGAAGUAAUAUCAAAGCGUGACAAAUAUCUUUCGGUAUUGAUUGUAGGAUAAUCACCAGAAAUGGAUUUUCAUUCUCUAGAAUGUCCAGCACGAAUGUUAAAUUAAAUGACGUUUUGUAUAUAUCAGUUGUGGGUUCUAUUUAUUUUCUUCACAGUUUCCUACUCAAAACUGUUUGAGUACUGUUAUAAAAAGAACCCUUGAAUGGAAUACAUAGAAUUAGUACAAUGUAGUAUUGAAUCGUUACGAAAUUUUGAUCCAACAAAUCAAAAUCGCCUCUCCGUCGCCAAGUGAAUUGUGCUAAUUCUCAGCACCCUUCCCUCGGUGCAAUAUAAAGCAAACAUACUUCGAAAAUAUAGAGUUGCGUCCACUAUAGUAAAACAUAUAAAUAUGUGAUUUAAUUAAUCAAAAAAGUAUCCAUAUUAUUUUUAAAUUAUAAUUCAUGUGAUUAUUAGCCUGUAUGUAAGAUAAUUUUAGUAGUAAGUUACUCUUCUCCAGAACAGAAAAAAACAAUCCGUUCAAUUCGUACAGUACUUACUAACUCAGCUUGUUCAGAAGCACCAACUUUUUUUUUGUUAACAAGAGCCAAUCGUAUCGAAACAUGAAUAGGAUAGUUGGAAUCGAUAGAAAUGAGGUCUCGUGUGGACCUACAGCAACGAUCAAUGAUCUAAGCCAUAGUGUAACUAACAUUCACUUCCCCGUUUCGUUCAACUGUGCAUUCAUUCUGAUAGUAGGAGCUUAGUUUCCGUGAUGCCCAACCGUAUUGGCACGAGUAGCUUAUGCACUAUAACUACUGCAUUUAGAUGAUAACUGAAAAGGGAAGCCAUAGCUUGUAGGGGAAGUGGUGGUUGUCAAUCGUAACCGAAACAUCAAGAAGAAAUAACUCCAAAACAAUUCUUCGAAGUUUUUACUAUCACAUUCCAUCUGCAUAGCAACCUGUGGAACCGUCUUUAGAUUCCUAUAAUUUACGUAGUCAUGGUAAAAUGUCGUGCAAAACAAAACAAAAAACUUAAUAUUCGUAAAAUCUUGAUUGCUGUUAUGAUUGAAGAAUCUAAAAGAAUAUAUAGAAAUGCAAUAAAAAUAAAUUUGUAUCACAGAAAUGGUAGUUCUUUAGCCGCUGGCACGAGUCUAAAAUUGAGAAAUGGAAAAACUGCACGAAUACGAUUUCACACUCGUAAAUAGAAUAUAUAUUUUUUGGCGAAACUAGUCGAUCACGUUUAGGGCCCUGAUGUACGUACCGUUUCUAUAUAUCUCUUUCUAGUUUUGUGACUUGUUAAAUGCAAACACGUGGGUGGUUGUAGGAAGUAGCAGAAUCUACAAAACUGUUUUGUAUAUAUUGUUUUAACACAGAUCAUAUGUCUCUUCAAAAUACAGGAUAUUGAACCAUUUAAUGUUAGGAAACAGAUUUCAAUUAAAACAUAAAUGAAAACCCUGUUGAUAACUACUAUAAUAUCACCCCAUUUCACUCACCCAGAGAACAAAAACUAUAGAACAAGGUUUGAGGUGGUCUAGAUAUAAAGAAAUGUGUUAGCGCUACAACAGCAACGAUAGAGCAGAUCUUUAAACAACUUGACUAAUAAUGAUAAAGCAAACAGUUGAUAUCAAAUACAGAAUAGUUUAGUUAAAGAGAAACAGGCAUAAACUUGACGCAACCGACAUAUUUCUGGCGCGUCUAAAUAGCUGGCAGGCAGCAGAUUAGCUGAACUGAAAACAAUGCCCAGCAAUGAACACCAGGCUGAUGAAGUAAACCGUAUAGUUAUAAAACAAAAACGACUUGAUAUAAACAUCAUAUUCAACAGUGACAUGCUAUCACUUAUGAUUUACGAUUUAACCGCACCGCAGCAUGUUGAUAACGGAGCAGAAUACUGAAACUAUCACAUUACAAAUGAAGAUCGGUCGCUGUCGAAUGGCAUUUCGCUGAGA